CUCUGGUACGGAAAUGAAGAAUUUUAGAGUUGUACGAUCCUGCGUUUACAAACCCUAUUUUAAUAUAAACUUACAAAAAUAGCCUCUGUCAAAAAAUCUUAAAUUUGAUCACAGGUUAGUGUUUUAUACCAUUUGCAGUAAUCGAUUCGACAUUCAAAUAAUUUGUCAAUUUAAGUUGUUACAAUGAAAACAAAUUUACAAACACCUUUGACGUGUUGUGCUUUCAGAAUUCCAUUGCAGUAAUGCCAAACUAAGAAUCGUAAAGAAAUGUUUUAGUAUUUGUAAAUAAUAAAUAUGAAUAAAAUGUGUAACCUACAGGUACAUACUGAGCUGUAUCAUAAGUGACAGAUGGGGUUGGGUACAUUGGUAGGCUAACCCUACUAAAGACUUAUACCAACAACUAAUCCCAUUGUCCUAUCUAAAAGUUCUUUCUGAAUUGGUACAUAAUGUCUGCAUCUGGCUGUGGAAGGAAUAAGGUUAACACAAAUUAUUAUUGGUAAUAAAAACAUUUUUAAAUAUUUUUGUCAAGCCUGCUUAAAAUAAAUUGACUCAGGUUUUCAAGUUGGGAAAAAUUGUUUGUUGCCUAAUUUAUAAUUUGUAUUGCAAAAUAGGAUAAUAAAAUAGUCACAUCACUCAGAAACUUAAAAAAUUGUAGUAUAAGCAAGGUCAAUACUAUUAAUUACAAAAUAUAUAAGCAAAUUUCAGGCUGGGUUUAUAAAUUAUGCAAGGGACGCACCAAUGCAACACCACAAGUAAAUUAUGGUCGUUUAUGAAGCAUGGAUGCCCCAACACAUCACCAGUCCUACAACUGGAAAUUUGUGACCCCCCAGUGGCAGCCGAGGAUGGAGGGGGCCUGCUGCUUCGUGUGUGGCGAGACCGUGAAAGGCCGCGGAGUGCCCCUGCUGGCAGGCCUCACACUCCGUUCUCACACGCCCCUGCCCUCCAAGAUCGGCCAGCUACUGGGGGAGGGGUUCGUGGUGGUGGUGCAGACAAGGGAUGUUGUCUGCCGACGGUGCCAGGUGCUAAUCGACCGCCUGGACGAGCUGGAGGGGGAGGUGCUAUUCGUCCAGGGCCAGCUUGCCGCCUUCCUGCAUGCCAAGUACCAGCUUGACGACCCAGCGGAUAUUGAUUCAGAAGACAAUGGUUCCAAGUGUUAUGAUGAUUUAGUAGAAAAUGCCCCAGGAAGGAAAGAAGGUCAAUCACUGCCAUUAUUGUCUGGAAUUGAAAAUGAUGGGAAAACUGAACUGCAAGAAAGUAACAAUCAGUCACUGCCAUCGUCUGAAAUUGAAAAAGUUGAGGAGAACGCACUGCAAGAAAGUGUUGUUUCUUCAGAAGUGGGUCUCUGUGAUGAGGACGGCCAUCAUCGAGACAAGGUGAAUGUGGAGAUAAUAAUGGAGAAUAGCAAACUCUGCGCAUCAGCGAGCGGCCAGUUUUCCUGCUCCAUCUGCGGCCAGAGCUUUAGCAGCAACAAGGGCAUCCAGAGACACGUGAUGCAGCAGCACCUGUCCACGUGGGUGUGCCAUUUCUGCAACGUGGAGUUCCGUGAUGAGCACGAGUAUACGUCCCACCUGGGCACGCACCUCACCGGCCCCUCCUCCAGGCUCCUGCAGGCCAAGAACAGUGACGCAGAGGCCCGGCAGCAUCACAGGUGCACCAUCUGCGAGUACCGCACCGCCGACAAGCAAAGCUACGACCAACACGUCCGCAGCCACGUGGUUCUCAAGCUGUUCAAGUGCGAGGCGUGCGGCAGGCGGUUCGCGAACCACGAGCUGCUGAUGAAACACUUGAAAACAUGCUCUCAGUCGGUGUCUUCCAGAUGUUCCUACGGCGAGGUGGAGUUUGAAAGCGUAAGUGAUAUGGCUGAUCACAUGAUGAGGCAUGAUACUUUUGAAGUGAACUGUGGUUCUGAUCAGGACGUGUUAGUUGGUGAGGGCAUGCAGAACUGUUUCAGCAAUGAACUAGGUUUAGCAGAUUGUGUAAAAACUGCAUCAGUUGAAGACCUACAGAAUAGUGAGUUAGUUCAGCCUUCUGAAUCAGAAGGAGAUGCUUUCCAGUGUAACAUUUGUUUUGAGACUUUUGUAAGCAAAAUUCAAUAUGAUGAUCAUCUAAAAACACACUCUAGCACUGGUAGUAGUAGCACCGAUGAUGAAUAUAAAAAUAAAGCAGGGAGAUCGUUGGGAGAAGUUCUAAAAGAAGUAAAUUCAGAUAGCAAACAAACCAAUGUAGUGCCUCAACAUAGUAGUUUAGAAAUCUCUAUGUUUAGUUGUUCUUGUGGUACCCAUUUUAAUGAUAAAAGUCAAUACGAAAAACAUAAAAGUGAUGAAAAACAUUUUGAAAAUAAUGAAAUUUUCAAAGAUGCACAAUGUGUAAUUGACAAUUCUUCUAUCCAAAUGUCAUCAGUGCUGAACAAUGAUUCAGUACAGGUUUAUGAAAGUCACAUAAUGCAAAAAUAUGAAAAUCUUAAUGUUGGAAAUGCCUCCAUAGAUGAAAAUGGUUUUAUAAAUAUAAUUUCAUGUGAAGAUGAUGAUACAUCUGAGGCUUUGAAUGGAAUACAGUACGUUUAUGAUAUGGGCACUGGUGAAAAUAUCACUCUCAUGGAAUCUGAAGAACCCUAUGAAAAUCAGUGUGCUAAAUAUGAUCUUCAAGAAAUUAAGACAAUAGAAGAUAAUGCAGCAUUAUUGAGGGAAGUACAAAAAAAGGCUUAUUUGUGUGCAGAGUGUGGUUUUCAAUCACCUGACUUGGAAGAUAUCAAAACACAUUUAAGGAAGCACAAAGAUAGAACAAUCUCAUCUCUUUCCAAAGAAAAAUAUUCACGUAAAAGACAGUUAUUGCUUUAUUGUAAAAAAAAUAAAAUAACAGGAAAGUUGACAUGCUUGCAUUGUUUUCAUAAAUUUGAUGAUACACUUACAUUACAUCAACACACACUUGCAAGUCAUCCCACCAAGCAGUAUCAUUGCAUAGCUUGCAACGAAAGGUUUCUAUCAAGGAAGGAAUUGAAGUUGCACGAAGAUACUCAUUACGACAACGUUAUGUACCGAUGUGACUGCUGCAGCCAGGAGUUCUCGAAAGAAAGGCAGCUAAAGCACCACAAGGACAUGGUGCACAGAGACCCGCACUGCCGCUUCUGCGGCAAGGAGAUUCUCAAAGCUCAAACACUGAAGAACCACGAGCUGCGACACACCAGGCAAACGAGUAACUUCGAGUGUGACAUAUGCAAGCGUGUGUUUAAGACGAAAACGGGCCUGAGGCACCACGUCGCCAGUCAUACGGGGGAGUAUAAGUUCUGCUGCGACUACUGCGGGCGCGGGUUCAUGUCCCGGAUGAUGAUGGAGGAGCACCGCAGCAUGCACACCAAGGAGGAGCGGUACGUCUGCGACGUGUGCGGGCGCAAGUUUAGCUUCCAGAGCACGUACUGGAUCCACAGGAAGUGGCACGACACCCCGUACCCCUACAAGUGCAACUUCUGCGGCAGGAUGUUCCGCCACUCAUCCCUGCUGGCCGUGCACAAGCGCAAGCACACGGGAGAGCGACCGUACAAGUGCCCGCACUGCUCUUUGACCUUUCCUGUCGGAGGCACCCUGAAGCGACAUGUGAUACUGCACACGGGCGUCUACCCCUUCAACUGCGACAAGUGCAAGCGGGGUUUCACCACCAAGCACAAGUACGCCUCUCACCUCGCCAAGGUCCACUCCGACUACAACCUGCUCGGUCACAAGCCCCUACAGAAUGACUUCAAGAUGGUGGUGCGGGAGGAACCGACGGGAGUCCAGGAGAACAAAGUGGUGUGGCGUGUCGGGUCGGACGAGACGAAGCAGGGCAUUCUCGAACUACCACAGAGUGAGACAUCCAACACUUCCACCAAAGAUGUACUACCACAUGAUGUGCAGGACAAUGUAAACAUGAGCAACAUUGUUCCUACAAGAGUUGUUAAAAUUGUGUUAGAGGAAGGUUCACAAGCCAUGGCCACUGUCACCCUAGCAGAGCGUGGCAACGUGAUGCCCGAUCUCUGGUAUCAACAGGAGAAUACUGUUUGACCAAUACAUUUUAUGUCUUUUCUGAAUUUGUUAUUGCCAAAUAAAUUUUGUAUUAAAUAGUA